AACAAUAUCGGUGUACAAAUCGAAACUUCCGUGGCCAUUUUUGAUUUCCGCUUUUGUAUAUAGAGGAAAAAUAAAUUAAAAUUAUAUAUCCAAUGUUUUUGUAUAUUAUUGCUUUUUAUUUUAAUAAAGUGUAAAUUUCCUGUUUUUAUAUAUGAAACAUUUAAAUUUUAAUUUCCGGCUGAAGGUGUAAUUUCGAUAAUCAUACAAAUUAUAAUUACAAUAAUAAAAGAAACGUUUUUAUUUAUUCCAUAAGUUUUGUGCAUUUAACAAUUGAGAACAAUAAAUGCAUUCUUUUUUUUCUGUUAGUGGAUUAAUAAAAAUGAGAAAACAAAAAUUUAUCAACUGAAGGAUUCUGCGAAUGAAUAAAUAAUUAGUAGUCAAAAUGGAGCGGAGGGCAGCUCUGCUGCUGCUUUUAUUAGGAACAGUAGCAGUAGUUUCUUCUGAGUCGACAACAGAAGAGAAUUUACAUGAAACUUUUGAAAAAUUUAAAACAACAUUGACUUCAAAUGCUAAGGAGGUUAAAACCACAACUGAGGAAGUAUUUUCCAUGAAAAAUGUCGAUUACAAAAAGCUCAUUAAUCCCAAACAAACACUUCUUGAAGAAAUUCGUUCAUUGGACGAAGAAAUUUCUACCGAUAAGUUCCCGGAAGAGGAAGUUGCUAAAGUAAUUAAAGCUGAAGCUCAGAAGAUUAAACCAAUUGCAAAAUUACCAUUGCUUCGAAAAACUCCAAUUGUUAGUUUUAAGACAAUCAACAGUACCACGGAUAAAAAUAAUCCUAAACAUUUCGUCGAAUCUGAUGACAUGACCUAUGAUCUUGAUGACGAUGAUAAUGAGGAUGAGGAUGAUGACGAAGAAUACGAUGAUGAUGAUGACGAUGAGGAUGAAGAUGAUGAUGAUGAUGAGGAUGAUGAUGAAGAUGAAGGUGAAGAUGAUCCUAAUCAUCUCAAUGAGGAUGAAAUUAUGAAUCAAUGUCCCGCAAACUGCAAAUGUGUCGCACAAAUUGCGUCUGCUACUACUGCCAAAUGCACGAAAUUGGACGAUAAUCAAAUAUUUGGUCCAGGAAUCGCUCAUCUUAAGAUCGAGAAUGCUGGUCCCAUUCAAUUUGGUCCUCAUGCUUUCAAAUUAAGAGGUCUUCAACAAUUGGAAUCCAUUACUUUCAUAGAUACUCCAAUUUUGGAAGCGGAUAAAACUGCCUUCGAGGGAAUUCCUUAUCUUUUUGCUGUGAAUUUUACGAGAAGUUACUUGGAAGACAUUCCAGUGGACAUUUUCCAAAACAACAGCCAAUUGAGUUUGAUCACCAUUUCAGGAAAUCCAAUGAAACGUUUUCAGACCCUUGUCAAGACAAAAACUAGAGAUUAUCUUUUGAAUGCACCAAGUGUCUCGGAACUGGAUUUCUCUGAUAAUUCCAUAUCAAGAUUACCACACACGGCCUUCAACAAAAUGCCCAAUCUUGUCUUUAUUAAUCUAAAGAAAAAUAAGUUAAAAACAAUUGAUAAAGCCCACUUUAGUUCAUUGGAAUCACUCACCGAACUGGAUCUUUCCUAUAAUGAUUUACAAGAAAUGUCCAUUGAUCUUUUUGAAGGAAACGCAAAAAAUGUUCAAAUCUUGAGAGUUGUUGGAAACAAUUUAUCAACUUUGAGUACAAUCAUUGCUACAAAAAUGACCAUUUUGGAUGCUUCAAGCAACAGAAUUAAAAUUAUUCAUAAAGAUGAUUUGAUUGGAUUGCCAAAUCUUGAACAGCUUCAUCUUAAAUCAAAUGGUCUUAAGAGAAUUCAUCAACAUUCUUUUAGUCAAAAUGAUGAGUUAAUUCAUCUCGAUAUCAGCGACAAUAAACUUGUUUCUUUAACUGAUCAUCAUUUCCGCACCAAUUCGAGAUUGCAGACCAUCGUGAUGAACGACAAUCCAGGACUUCAAACACUUCCUGUUUUUAGAACUAAUGAUCAGGAGUAUAACACAUUCAGCGUUUAUCGAUUUGAAUGCUCCAAUUGUGGCCUAUACUCCCUUCUGGAAGGAACAUUUGACGCAAUGCCAGCAUUAACAACAUUGAAUCUUGCCAAAAAUCAUUUGACAGGACUACCAAGAAAUUUGCUCAAAUUUCAUUCAUCACUUAUUGAAAUUAAUUUGUCUAAUAAUCGAAUUAAAACUCUUGAAAAUAAUAUGUUCCAAGGUGCCACAUCACUAACAAAAUUGAAUCUUGCUGGAAAUCUUUUGGUUUCCCUCCAAGUUACACCAUUCUUGGUAACGCCAAAUCUCUCCAAACUUAAUGUCAGCAGAAAUAUUCUUGAGAGAGUCUGGAGUGAAGCUCGAGUACCACUUAAGAAUCUUGAAUUCCUGGCGGUUCGCGAUAACCGUCUUCAGCGAAUCACAUUAGAAGAAUUGAAAGCAACUCCAAAAUUGACUGGUUUGGAUUUAACGCACAAUCCCUUAAAGUGUGAUCAAGAUUUCAAUGAUGCUAUUCAAUGGCUCACGGAUCAUAGAGUCAUGGCUGGUGAAAAUCCCAAGUCAAUGAAUUAUAUUGUCGCUAAAGAUUAUUCUGAAUCAGGAAGAAGAACACAAUGGGCAAAUUUGGCAAAAAUUGUUUGUGACAGCAUUGAUGAUGGACCACCACCGCGACCAAUACCACACAAACCUAAACUCGAGGAUAUUUUGAAGAAUGAUUUAUCUGACGACAUUGCAAUCGAUCACGGCCAAAAUCAUCUGGAUGAAUUUGACUUAGAUACGUACGAUGAUCAAGAAUAUGAGGAUGAAAUACCGGAGGCAACUGUUAGUUAUCAUCCAUUUUAUCGACGAUCACUUUGGCCAGUUUUAACAGUAAUUGUCGUGACUGUAAUUCUUUUAAUGUCCAUUGUUCAUUUUGCUCUCUAUUUGGCAAAACGCAGAGGUCGUGGACCAGUCAUUAGGCCACCAAUGAUUCUUCGUCAAGGUCUUGUCGAUAACAAAAAUUGUGGUUUAGUAUACAAACCUCUUCAGGAAGAGAUACCAACACCUCAUAUGCCGAAAAGAGGCGCUUUCUAUUCCAGUAGUACUUUUCAUUAUGACAAAAUUGUACCAGAAAGUGUCUAAUUCAUAAUAAAAAAAAUUGUCUUCCAAAUAUGUAUUUCUAUUGAAAUGCAAAAAAAAAAAAAAUUGCGGAAGAUAUUUUUUUUGUAUUGUUUAUAAUUAUAUAAGAGGAUACAAAAACAAUGUAGACUUCUGAGACUGAGAAUAUUACGAAUUCGAACUUUUCGUACUGCCCUGAGAGAAUGUCUUCGAGGAUAUAUUUAUAUAUAUAUAAACACAUAUUUGUGAUCAAUUGUUAUUUUUUUGCUAUUCGUGAAAAAUGUUGAUUCAGGUAGCAAAUAAAUUUUUUCAAAUAAAAAAAAAGUGAUAUAUUUUCAAAUUUUUACCUCGUAAAUCAUUCUCUCGCGCAGGUAAAUGAUCCUCCUCUUGUCAAGAGUUUCGUUAAUUAUACGAACAAAUGAUCAUAAAUAUUACGAUAUAAUAAACAAUCGAUCAAAGUUUAUUUUUUCUAUUUUUAUCUUUUUUUUGAAAACGUAAACAAUGUCGAGAAAUUCAUGGCAUCAAAUCUGCUUAUAAAGUUCCUUAAAAGACAAAAAAAAACUUCAAAACGUUAUUUGUAAAUCUAAAAAAAUGUGUUUAACUUUUAAAAAUUGAACUUUAUUGGUUUGUUUUAUAAUGAAAUCCAGUGGCUUCUUAUCCAGUAUGAUUCAUGGCGUAAAUAUAUUUAUAUAAUAAAUUCGUGGCAUAAAAUACUUAUAAUAACUUAUAUAGUUUUAUAAGUUUAUAGCGAGUAUAUUAAAAAAAAUCUUUCUUUUAAGAUUUAAGACGCGGUCACUAUCUGGGUAGUGUUAAUAAUUUUAAAUAAUUUGUCAAGAAUUUUUUUUAAUCCAUUUUUUUGUGCAAAAAAAAAUCAUUCAAAGUGAGAGUUCUGGACUGUUUAUAAAUGAAGAGAGUUGCCCAGUCAUAGUAAUAUAUGAUAACAAUUAUUAUUUAUGAACCCACUUUUCUUUUUUAAAUUUUUAUUUAAAAGUACAAAAGUAGAAGAUUUUAAGAAACAUAUAAGAAUACAGUAGACAAAUUAUUGAUAUAAAAACAAAAUAAUAAUAAUUAAUUAAAAAUUUAUUUAAAAUUAUUAAAUUAUUAUCUAUCUUUGAAAAUAAAGUUUUAAAUAUUCAUCAUAUAUAAUUAAUGAAAAACUUUUUAGCCAUAGAAUGUACUUUUAGAUAGAAAAGAAAGUGAGGAUAAAUAAUAAGGGAUAAUAUUUUAGAUAAGAUUACAAAUAAAAGUUUUUUUUUUAAUUGUUAAGUGCCUUUUAUUAAUAAAAUUAUUGUUAACAAAACUUAGCUUGUCAACGUGUAUGCCACGCAAUAAGCUGUAAAUAAUAUUUUAAUAAAAGAUUAUAUUAAUAA